GUUAAAAACAAAUACCUACUUUCUUGCUUGCUUUGAAUUUAAAUUCAAAAUACUCAUUUUUGUAUCCACUACGACAUGAAAUUUUACUGUUCUUUGAUCACUUUAGUUUAAUUUUCAUACAAUGGCGUGUUGUGUGGUGGGUUGUAAUUCUAACAAGGAAAACUCCAACACCGCACUUUAUCCGUUUCCUCUUGAAUACGAGUUGUGUGCCCUAUGGGCACGCUACUGCGUGGGCGCUGACUGGUGGCCCGACAGCAACGAUCGAGUCUGCUACAAACACUUCGACAAUCCACCGCCCACUCUGAGCGACCUGCCUACAAACAACACUCCCGGAUUGAAACCUAUAUGGCCGCUUAUGGGUUCUAAUACAUCCAAGGAGGAUGAGAGCGAGAUGGCUCGCCUCGCAACCUACAUGAUGCACAACAAAUAUGAUUUUGAAACAUUUAAGUACCCGCGCAGUGACUCUGGAGUGAAGCAGUUUGACCCGGAACUGGUCCGCGCCGCGCCCAAGUGGUUCAAAAAUAAGUGGCGUGAGCGUCUAUCGCAGCACGUCAUGUAUGAACAUGGCAUCGAUCGCGCUACCAAAGAUGCUCCCUCAUACAUGAGGUAUAUGGAGAGAGUGCUCAAAUGCGUCGAUGAAAUCGUUAAGCACGACUUCCUGUGCGAGUUCGACCCGGUAGUACUGCAGAUGGCUCGCUUAGUUCCGGCCGGGGGCGCCAUACAAGUGGCCCUUAAGUAUAAAACUACGGCCUACAAAGUGCUGAGUAUUUGGGAGUUACUAUGCGCCCAGAAUCGUAUGAAGCUCCGUUGGUUGAGCUCCAGAGCUGAUACCGUGUCGUAUCUGGCGUCCUCGACCACGGCUCUAACGUACGCACAAUCGCGAUGUACUGCGCAGGCGUUAGCGCACCAUGCGCACGCUAAAAAUAUGUUGGUGUAUUCCAUUGGCGAUGGUCCUCUACGUAGACUCAUAUGGCUGGUCCGAAGAUAUAGACUAGAGACUCAUCCCCAUAGACUACGCGCCUGGGUUACUGCCUACCGAAGAUAUGUACGAGGUGGUCGUUGGUGUCCCUUCAUUCUAUUCCAACGUCGAUGGCAUCAGUUGAAGGAGGAGACUCGAAUCGCAUUAACUCCGGGGCUGGGUGUUGAUGGACCCGCUGUAACUCCUCACCCGCUGCACUGGAUAGUGGCCGUUAGAUGGCCGCAUGUUCUGACUGACCCGUUGCCCUCGUGGACUCAGUUAAUGCAGUUGGGGCUAGUUUACGAUUUAGAGGACAGCAAUCUGGAUCAAGUUGAAUCGAUUGAACCAGUGGACGAACAGGACGACAGAGACGAUUUCCUCAAAUUGGCCACAAGAGAGAGACUCGAUGAGAUUCGUAAAAGGCCCAGAGUUCAGAAGGGAACUAGCUUAUUCCUGGAUUCCUUGCGUACGAUGUACUUUUCCAAUACACAACCAACUCAACCCAAUACAAACCUUACACCACCCACACAAGGACUGAAAUCGCGCAACCAGAGUGAAAACUUAAUAAUAUCAAACACGGAUGAAAGCGAAAAUGUCUUAAAUCAUUUGGAAAGUAUAAACCCUGAUAGAGCUGAAGCUACCAUAAUUUUCGAGAGUGACGAUGAAAAUCUACCUUCUGAGUAUGAGAAUAAAGGUCAUGAUCGAAUAAAAGUCGAAAGGCAUAGCGACGAUGAAAUGGAAAUUGAAGUCAGAUAUCCUGUGGGUGCUUCUGGAUUGAACAAAAGCCGAUUGAAAUUUGAAGACGAUGAUUUUGAUGAAGAAAGAUUGCCCCUUAGUCUAACAGCUAGCACUAAAGGAAAACGACCUUGUGCCGUUGGGAACAGGGACGAUUAUCACUUGAAGAAAAUUGCCGAUUUGAAAACUGGUUUGUUUGACGACCUCAGUAUUGUUAAGAAGGAAAAGGAUGGCGAUAAUCCAGUUGAAGGAAGCAGAACUUCGGUAAGGAUAAAGUUCGAAGAAGAUUCGGACGUUCCGGACGCGUUCGAUAGUACGGACGGAUGUACAGUUGACGAGAAACUCCUCAUGGAAACGAGAGUAGUACUGGAAAGAUUGAAUCCACAAAGGCUCCAAGAAUUAGAGGCGGCCAAGAAUCAGUGCGAGAGUGAGACACCUAGUCGUCCCGUCUCGCUCCCACAGGGCAGCUUCACUCGCUCGGUUCCAGUUGCGGAAGUGAAACCACUCCUCUCUGUAAAUCCUUUGAUAGUUCCCAAUAAUACCCCCACUCCUAUGCCUAAACCAAUAACACCGCAAGCAGUCGAUAGGUUAAACCCAAUACCCUCGCAAUAUCCCCUGUUAGUUCCGCGUAACUUCACCUAUCACAAUUUAGUUGCGGAUUCGAUGCCUAUGAAUGACAACACCGCAGCGCCAUCUGAAAGAGAAGAGGGCGGGGUGUGUUCGGGCCAACAGCUUGCCGACAUGAUUCAAGAGGAAGUGCAUCGAGUUACGCGCAACAAAGUGCUGGACUGCUGCAGCGCUAGAGCUUUAUGCGUCAGGAACUUAGCGCCGCGCAGCGCCAAACAUUCCUCGAAGAUAAAGCUGAGUUCGUGUUGCGCGUGGCUAGUGCGCGAGUCCCCCCCCUCUGUGGCCAACAUGCAGCGAUCGAGGAACAGGCUGAGGCAGGCGCUACAAGCGCUGACGGUCCAGUAUAAGUAUCAGCUCAAACAGUCCGAUAGAAGCCAGGCGAGUAGUGAUGGUGAUAUCGAGUUUGGUACGACAGAGUCUGCUGUCGUGUCGUCAGAAGAAGAAACCACUCGACUAGUCAUCGACGAAACGAAACCAAAGAAAUCAAGCGAAAGGAAAACUAAACCACCGACAACAUUUCAAGCCAACACCAAAGACAAGAAAACAAAGCUUAAAAAACCUAGGAAUAAAAAUAAAAAGAAGGCACCGGAAGAAAAAGAUAAAAGAAACGAAACGACACAUAAAAUUGACGUCAAGUGCACUAGUCAAUCUCGGACGGAAGACGAUCAGGAUGAAGCUUUGAAGGAAUGGAUGAGGCAAAAGAACGACUUCAAAAAAUACUUCACUAUUAAACCGAUCAGUCCUGUCAAAGCAAAGGUCGAGGACAGUACUCCGACGACGUCUAAAAGAGCUGACAACACAGUUGGACACAACGAAACCUUUAAAAACGCAGCAGCGGAAACAACAAAGCUAACCAAAGAAACGAACCCAACGGAAGCCAUAGAUUUAACAGAAGACGUAGAGCAGACCAAAGAACAAGCACUUAUUAAACAACCAAUAAUGGGUACGAAAGCAGUGUUGACUAAGGAUGAAGCGAUACAAACUAAAUUUGCAGUGAUGCCAAAGAAACCGCGACUGUCUGAAGAAUUUUACGAGAACAACAAAAUAACACUGACGAAGGAAGCGAUACAAAAGAACGAGGCGUUUCUGUCGAAAAAAGAGAUGCAAACAAAGCCAACUGUACUCUCGAACCCGUUGCUGUAUAUAGCGGACAUGAUGCAAAGAGAUCCGGUCAAUCUUUUCGUGUUGCAAAACAGAGAUCAAACCAAAAUCAUGAUCACGAAAGGCGAUAAAAAAACCGGUGACGAAAGUGAAUGCCGUUAUACGACACCAAAUCUUGUAGAACAUUCUGCGACAACGUCGAAAGCAGACCAACAUAACAGUGCCAUUGAAAUAAUAGAUUCAGAUGAAGACGAAAAAUCUGAUGACGUUGUCAUACAUGUAGACAGACCUGUACCAGUGUGUCUAAUAAAAACCAAUCGUAAUUAUUACAAUAAUAAAACUACAGACAGAGGGAAAGGUGAACCAGCUUUAGGUGAUCUAAACGAACAGAAAGGUGACAUUGAUGACGUUAAAGGACUAGAAUUGACUGAUCCAGGAAGGAAAGAGGACAGUUAUACUGCAGCAAUGCUCGCAGACAAAAAUGAACCAGAUAUCCAUCUAGAGGAACACAAUGUUGGCAUCGAUGAAGAUGUGGAAAUUGUUGAAAAUUCAGUAGCGCCAGCUUUAAUUGAAACCAAAGAUGAAAUUGCAGAUGAAGCGAAAGCUGAACCAGUCUUCGUUGAUGUAAACGAAAGAAAAAUUACAAUCGAUAAAAAAAUAAUUGACGUUGAUGGGGGAAACAAUUGCGAAAAGCCGAAAAAGGCUGAAGCGAAUCCUUCUAAAUGUGGAAAUUUCACAGUUAACGUGUUAUCAAGAGAUUUACGCACCGAUCAGUUUAAAGUUGUCACUACCACUAAGAUAGAUUGUAACAGAGUUGCGGCGAACAAUAAUAGCCCUUAUAACAGAAGUUUGGUGAAAGAUUCCAGCGCUGAAGGGAAAUGUCAGUGUAAUAGAAACAAGGGAGUUGUAAGGCGCUAAUAACGACAAAAUAAUCUUCCAAGGACACAACUGUGGGAAAUGUGAUACCAAGAACUGCGUAUCCUUACAUGAUUAUAGGAAAUAAUGAAGAACUACGAAUUUACUAUGCCUAAAUGAAAAUAUAUUUGACGCCUGAUUGGCUCAUCAAUGCAGAGCUAAAUUCAAAUUUACUGAAGUCCGAAUGCCCAUGAAGGGUUCCGUAGCAGCAAUUAACAUAAUAUGAAAGUUUAAAUCUAAAGAAAAGUUUACUAGAAAAA